AUCAAUUUAUUAAAGAAAUUAGUGAUGCAUUAGAUUGCUCUGAUGAUAACGAAAAAAGACUAGGAUUAAGGAAGGCAUUUGCUGAAUGGGGUAGCUUUAUAGCUUCUGAUGUCAUUAUCGGUGGUGCUGUAACGAUAAAAAAUUGGUCAAAAAAUAGCAAUGAAAACAAAUCACGUUUAAUGACAUAUAUCCAAUGGGGUAUAGAGUACGCAAGAAGUGGAAAGUCACCGGUUUUCAGUGAUGCGUUACUUAGUGACUUUCCUCAAUUUGAAGCCUCAAAAAAGGACAUGAGAACUAUUGGAGAAUUAUAUGAAUGGUUAAACGAUAUAUAUAAUUACAAAUGCGCUGAAAUUAUCUCAUAUCAAAAUCUUAGACAUUCCUAUAGAUUAUUAGAUGAAGAUUUAGUUAAACGCGUAUUCCAAUGUUUAAAUCAUCUACCCCAAGAUAGGCCAAUAAAGAGAAUCCCACAGAUACCGAAUCAAUAUGAUCAACACAAAUUUUCCGAAUGGAUAAGAAUACCAAAGCCUCCAUUAUUGUUAUACGCGCGUGAUUGGAUAUAUGAACUGUCUCUGAGACAUGGUAUACUACUGAAACGCGCAUAUUUAGGACAUAGUGAAAAAGCUUGUCUCAAAUUUUCUAAAGACCCUAAAAUCAUGGAAAUGAAUAAUAUUACUGUUUCAUUAACACAACCCUCAACCCAACAAGAUGCAUAUUUAUUUAAUAAUGGUAUCAUCAUAAAGGAAAGCGAUGAAUUGGAUUUAAAAAAUAUUCCUUUUUGUGAUGAUAUUUUAGAAUUUAAUCAUCCUUUAGAAAAUUUUCAACCUCCUAAGGAACCAUCUAAAACGGUCUAUUGUCAAAUUAUUGCCAAAAUGGCAAAAAUUUCUUUUGAGUUAGAAAAUAUUAAACCUUUAGAACAAGUUCCAGAGUUUGUUAAUAUUUCUCUCGAAAGUAGCGAACCAUAUAAAAAUCUUCGUGAAUUAUUUAGUAAUAAUUAUGGGCAUUUAAUUCCAAGGACUUUAACUUUAGGAGGAAAAUUAUCAAUUGAAUUUAAAUCCUGUGAUAUUCCUGAAAACACUAUUGUUCCCCAAAUCCAUAGUGAUGAUAAGUUUGAUGCAAUAGAAAUUAGACAAAUUUUAGCAAGUUGGGAUCAUCAAUACAAACACUUUAAUACUAAAAUCUUUGCGGGUGAUGGGGAAAUUGUCAAUCGAGAUAACAUUGAUAAUUGGUGGAAAACACUCAAAUCUAAUCCUAGUAAAUGGAAGAUUCUUUCUUAUGAAGAUUGGACUCCAGUAUAUAAAAUAUUAAAAAAAGCACAGAGUAAAGAUGUAAAAGAACUUUUGAAUGACAAAUACCGUAUAGUUUUUAACGGAGAUGAAUCACUACAAAGAAAUGAUCAAACUGUUGUAAAUAUUAAAUUUCCUGGCGCUAUUGACAAUAACUAUCAAAUAUAUGGAAGUGCCGCUAAAAGAAAUCAAGAAGGUAAUUGGGAAAAAAUUCAGGGUUUAAAAGUUAGAUUUAGAUAUACUAAUAAAUAUGGCUGUAAUGCAAUAUUAAUCAAAAGUAGCGAGACAAAGUUCGACUAUACUGAAGUAAAGAUUUUUUGGUUUGUGAUUUCUAAUCCAAGAGGAACUUAUACUAAUAAAUACCGAAAUAUUCAAAUUGCCUAUGGAAAACAAAAUAUUUAUAAUUCUCAAACGGAAAUAUCUUUAAAAUGUAAUGAUCUCUGUGAUGAUUAUAUUUUAGUAACCUCUUUCACUUCUCAAACACAAAGGGACACAUCAUUUCACACAAUUAAGCUUAGUAAAUGGACAACAUCAUUGAUUAACUUGGAGAUCAAAAAAGAAAUAAACGAUGAUAUAUUAGAACAAUCAAGUAAUAAACCUGAAGAAACAAAUGAUUUAGAAACUUCAGGUGAAGAUUCGGAUCUUGAUGCCAUAAAUCCGUCAGAUCAAUUCCAGCAAGAGACGAUAAAGUUUCAAUGGUGUAUUGUUUACACAAGUGGAAAUGAACUAGCGGAUAAUGAACUAGUGGAUAGCAACGAAAUAUUCCCAUGGAAUGUAUUUGGAAUCAUUCUUGAUCCUUUAUUAAAACAAGAUCAUGGGAUAACAUUUAUAGAACCAAAUUAUCCAUUAAUGACGUUUGAAGAAGCAACUAAACAACACCUUAUACCAAAUGGCAACAUAAUAGAUGCGUGGAGGGUCUUUGUAUAUAGAGCAAAGAAAAAUGAUUAUGCAGCAAAAUAUUGGGUAGGAUUCUACUUACAAAACGAUAUCCUUAAGAAUUCGGACUUUUACAACCGUGAAGAAGUUCUUGAAGGUCUUAAUAUUCAACAAGCAGCUAUGAAAUUUUAUAAAAGUGCCGCAGAUAAUGGUCAUCAUGAAGCACAAUUAAAAUAUGGUUAUGGACUUUUCAGUGGAAAGGGUGUCCACGAAGACAAACAAAUGGCACUGGUAUAUUUUGAACAAUCGGCAAAUAAUGGUAACGUCGUCGCGAUGUAUAAUUUAGGUGCUAUUUAUGUAAAUGGUAGAGAGAGAGAGAAAGGAAAGAAUUUACUAAUUAAAGCGGCUAAACUUGG